CACAGGGUUGCUUCACGAACACUUCUCACCAAGUAUCACAUUACGAGCAAAGGUCAUAUUCACAAACUAGGUCGAUGACCGUCGUGGUGGAUAGGUGUGCGUUAUGUAACCGGCUGCUGUCACACCGCGCUCUUUUGAGCAUUACCCAUUUUCGUCAUGUGCCUGUGAGAGCUGGAUUGUACAGCUAGCGAAUCGAAUGCGCCCCUCUUGUACCAGAGCUGAAUCUCAACUCGGUCAUCUGACGCUCGCUUGGCAUCUAACAUGGCGGCACUCGAGGACUUAGAUAAGCUACUGCAGACGAUCCCAGGCCUGGAAGUACUGGAUCUCAACAACUCCAAAGGCCACGGCUGCAAGAGUAUCGUAUAUGAUGGCCUGUAUCUAUUUAUACCGCCAUUGGUUUUGUUGGAACGAAGGAAUCCGUUUGAAAGUUUACAGAGUAUCAAAGAAACUGAAAUGAAAGACGAUGAUGUCAUUAUCUGCGCAUAUCCUAAAUGUGGUACUCAUUGGUUAUGGGAGGUCAUUGAGAUGCUCAAAAGUGGGGUCAUUGAGUACAGAAAGGAGACAAAAGAAACCCGGAUGAUGGAAGCAAUAUUCAAAGAUGGAAUAGACGCCAUUCCUACUCCUCGAGUCCUGAAUUCCCACUUACCUCUGCGCAUGCUCCCUAAACAGAUCGUUGAGAAGAAGGUCAAGUGUAUCCAGAUCGUGCGCAAUCCUAAAGAUGUCUGUGUGUCCUAUUUCAACCACUACAGAGAUAUGGUUCAGCCUUUCGGAUUUGAAGGGGACUUUGCUGAGUUUACAGAAGCAUUUUUAACAGGCAAACUGUGUUACGGGUCUUACUCCGACUAUCUGUUAACAUGGAAGGCAGAACUGGAAGGAUCACCAGCAGUACCUGUGCUCGAUCUGGUUUAUGAAGACAUGAAACAUGAUCCUGUCAAGAGUGUUAAAGACGUCGCCAGAUUUCUAGGCGUGACAGCAACAGACAUGUUCUGUGAAGAAGUUGCGCAUGCUUGUUCCUUUAAGAAGAUGAAACAGAUUGACAAAGACAGGAAACUUGGAAUUCCCGUGGGCAUCUGGAGAGAAGAUGCAGAACAAACAUUCUAUAGGAAAGGUGAAAUUGGGGACUGGAAGAACUGGUUCACAGUGGCAGAGAGCGAGAGAUUUGACCAAAUGUGGAACAAGAAGAUGAAGGACUCUGGAUUUAAGUUUAGCUACACACCCUUUUGAAAUCAUUCCAACAGUCACUGUUUCGGAAAGUCGGAUUUCUUUAAAUCUGUGAAAUGGCAGGAAUUUCUCUGAAUUCCAUGUACUGCAUAUUAGUGUUCAUGUGUAUAUGCAGAAAACUCUGUCAUAAUAUAGCUUCAGUAAAAUCAUUUCCAUAAUCACAGGAAAUCUGUGUUAAGAGUCUAUUGUAUGACACAGAAAGCGCUCGUUAAAUCUCCAGCAUCAUCAUCUUAUUUAUGAUUCAUUCAUCAGUAAAGAAAUAUGUUUCUGUAUCAGACGGUGGCAUACAUCAGUAAAAAUUACAAAAUUAAUUUGUUACACAAUGUUGCAUAAUUCUGAUACUAUUAUAAAUACUUGGAUGAAUACUGGAUAUAUGUUUCGAACGAAAGUCUAUUAAUAUUAAUAUAACAUUUAGUUGAAAUUGACCCCGAAGUUAUAUAGGCAGGUAAUUAUUUCUUCGGGCCGUGUUUAUUAACACAAGGAAGGUGGUCAUUCAAGGAUGUACGCUAUAUUCUUAUGUGACAGCGCUCAAGACACCAGUGGUCCAUGUGCAGUCAUUCUGGAUGACCACUGUCCCGUCAUCAAGUGUCAUCUGUCCGUUGACCAGAUCGGCAUCUUCUUUAACCAACUGGAAGAAAAGAUUAUAUAAACAAUUAAUUAAUUCUGGGUCUGUAAGACUAUCAUGGAACAGUGUAGCAGCUAUGAUGCAUUAGUUUUGAUUCCGUAGUAAUAAUGCAAUGACAACCAAAAGUUAUAAAACAAAUGAAAGGACCGCGAUGCAACAUCUAAGGGAGAUUAUUCUCAAAAAUCGCUUGUAAUGUCAGUUUUGUACUGAGCCUAUCGGAAUUUUCUGAAAGCAGAAACUUAUUUCAAGACUGACAAAGAAAUGCUGGCCUAUCAGUAAAUGCAUCUGUGUAUUGCUUGAAAGUUUUUUUUCUGUAUACUUCGAAUAUAUAUAUUUGGUGGCAUUAGUCUGUACAGAUUUAGUGUCUGCAAUAGAUAUAUCAGUGUCCAGAUUGCACGUGAGGUUAAUAUUUUCUACAUCGACAAAACAGUUUGUUUCAUAUUCAAAUCUGAUGAAAUUACCAUCCAAUCUGUUCAAUUUCAUUGCAUGUCUUUUGCAUUGCGUUGGUUUCUUAUACAAUAACUUUGCUCACCAAAUGAAUGUUGGGAAAUAUUUUCCCUUCCGUGAAGUCUUUA